GCGCUGCGCAAGAUGCAGAAGCAGCUGGGCCUGGAGGAGACGGGGGAGCUGGAUGCUGGCACGCUGGAGGCCAUGCGAGCCCCCCGCUGCGGUGUCCCCGACGUGGGAACCUUCCUCACCUUCGAGGGGGAUCUCAAGUGGGACCACAUGGACCUGACAUACCGGGUGAUGAACUACUCCCCGGACCUGGACCGUGCCGUGAUCGAUGACGCCUUCAAGCGGGCGUUCAAAGUGUGGAGCGAUGUGACCCCCCUCACCUUCACCCAGAUAUACAGGGGCGAGGCAGUGCCCAGUCCCCGGCACAGACAGAAGGGCAGAGAUGCUUAA